GCGGGAAACAUGGAUGUACGCUUUUAUCCGUCUGCCGGGGGGAGCCACCCGGAGAGCCUGGAUUUCUCCCACUGCUUGGGCUACUACGGCUACAACAAGUUCGGGAACAACAACAACUACAUGAACAUGGCUGAUGCAAACGGGUCUCUGCUUGCAGGCGGCGAUACCUUUCACACUCCCAAUCUUGGCGAUGAGGAGUUUGAGAUCCCUCCGAUCACCCCUCCUCCAGAGACGGAGUCUGGGCUGGGACUGCAGGAGGGGGGCUCGUCCUUCCCUGGAUUGCCCGAACACGCCAACACACAGCGGGGUCCCUUUACUCCUCAGUUUCCCCCUCAGAGCCUGGACCUGCCCUCCAUAACCAUCUCCAGAAACUUGAUGGAACAAGAUGGAGUGGGCAUCAACAAUGGACUGCCUGUGGGUAUUGGACAUUCUCAGUUGCGCCAGUAUCCCCCUAACCCCACCAUGGUAAUGCGCUCAAUCAUCAACAUGAACAGCCCCAAUGCUAUGAUGUCACGCAACCAGCUGACCACCAUUAACCAAUCACAGCUAAAUGCCCAGCUAGGCCUCAACAUGACUGGACCAAAUAUUGCCCACACCUCCCCGUCCCCGCCUGCCAGCAAAUCGGCCACACCCUCUCCCUCAAGCUCCAUAAAUGAAGAUGAUCAGGACGAUGGAAGUAAAAUUGGUGAAAAGCGCCCAGCACCAGAUGCUGGUAAGAAACCCAAGACGCCUAAAAAGAAGAAGAAGAAAGACCCGAAUGAGCCUCAGAAGCCUGUCUCUGCCUAUGCUCUGUUCUUCAGAGACACUCAAGCAGCCAUCAAAGGCCAGAACCCCAACGCUACAUUCGGGGAGGUCUCCAAGAUUGUGGCCUCCAUGUGGGAUGGCCUAGGAGAGGAACAGAAACAGGUUUACAAAAGCAAAACAGAGGCGGCCAAGAAGGAGUACCUGAAAGCCCUCGCUGCUUACCGCGCCAGUUUGGUGUCAAAGGCUGCGGCAGAGUCAGCUGAGGCGCAGACCAUCCGUUCGGUGCAGCAGACCCUGGCCUCCACCAGCCUGUCCCCGGCCCUAGUCCUGCCUUCCCCGCUGUCCUCACCCAUCUCACAGCACCCUUCUAUGUCGGCCUCAGCCCAAGCACUCCAGCAGCAGGCCAUGCCCCGGGCCAUCGCCCCAAAACCCCUGCAGAUGCGAGUUGGCAGUAACCACAUUGUCACCUCCGUCACUGUGGCCCAUCAGAACAUGGCGUCUGGUGUCCAGUCGCAGCUCAUGGGCCAGAUGGGGGCGGGUGGGCCACAGCCAUCUCAGAUGAGCCCCCCCAUGCAGCCACCGCAUGCCACAGCCAUGCAGCAGCAGCAAAUGCAGCACCACUUGCAGCACCACCAGAUGCAACAGCAACAAAUGCAUCACCAGCAGAUUCAGCAGCAGAUGCAGCACCAGCAUUUCCAGCAUCAUCUGCAGCAGCAGCUGCAGCAGCAUCACAUGCAACAGCAACAACAGCAGCAAAUGCAACAGCAGCAGCAGCAGCAACAACAGCAGCAGCAGCAGAUGCAGAUGCAACACAUGCAGCAAAUGCAGCAGAUGCAUCAGAUCCAUCAACAGCAGCACCAGUCGCAGUGUUCACCCGUGCAGCAUUCGCCAGCGCCGGCCCACUCGGCAUCGCUUGGGAGCCCGCCGCCGGCAGCCCCCCAGCCUCACCCUUCCCAGAUCCAAGCACAUGCUCAAGUUCUCUCGCAAGUCAGCAUCUACUAAAACCCCCAAAUCCUACAGAGGAAGAUGUUUGUUAAUAAAAAAAAAAAGCACCGUUUCAGAGUUGCUUUUUUUACAAAGUUGCACUUAAGAAGUGUGUGAGAAAUAAGAAUGUUUUACAAAAGAACUGUCCUUUGUUCUAGAUGGAUACCCCAACACAUGUAAAAUAAAAAAAGGGGGGUGAAGGGCCUUGCCAAGACUUUUGUCUAUAAAAUAGGCAGAGCCUAUGGUGAGGGAUGGAGUGCCUGGCCGUUGUGUGCGUUUUUUGGUUCAUCUCAGUCAUUGAGGUUUAAAGACUGUUUCAGGACAGAAUCAGAGGUGAAAGUUGGAUCAGCCACAGCGACAGAUCUUUAUGUUUUUUAUUUAACAGCAAAGCUUUAUGUACAAAUUCCUGUCGUUGGUUAAUUCCUUACUAAGGAUCGCAAUUGAAUUUUCAAUGGAACAUUUUCUGACCGCUUUUCAUAAUUCAGAGGGAUGGAUGACUUCAGAAUGGAAAUUGUAAACUGCAAAGGGAAGUCACCUGCACUCUGGCCAGCCUGUCAGUAAACUUUAACCUUUUCCUGCCUAUGUUUCUGUAGAUGAACCUUAACAAACAUCAUCUGCACCUCCAGAGAGAACAGAAACAAAGGGAACUGAUAUGGGAUUUUACUAUUUUUCUUUCUUUUUCUUUUUCUGAAUAGUUGUGCUGCCACUGAGCAGUUACCGACAUCAUGUCUCAAAACUUACUCUUGAACCUGCUGUACAUGAGCUGAGAGGAGAGGGAACUUCUCCUUUAACGAGCUUCUUCUCAAAAACUGGCUCAAAUGUGUGUAUAAAUAGCACUCCCCCCCCUUCAAAAAAAGGAAAAAAAACUUCUAUGUAUUUGUAUUUACCUCAAAACUGAAUUUAAAUGAAUUUAAAUUAUGUUUCCAUUUUGUUUUGUUUUCAUUUUGUGUAAUAAAAGUGCAUAUUUUAAGGCUAUUUUAAGAAGAAAUUGCAAAAAUUCAAAGAUUCAGGCCAAUGGUUUAAUGAUUAAUGUAUUUUUUCACUAUUCCUUGACACUGCAGACUUAUGUAAAGAGAGAAACAGAAAGAAACCAUAGCAGGAACAUUUUACAAUGUCGAAGCUAAAAUGGAAAAAGGAAGUAUUUUCUGCCAGCUGUAAAGAAAAAAUGGUGAUAAUGAGAAAAAAAAAAAAAACAAAAAAAAAAACAGAUGUACAUUUUCAUAUCGCCUGUUGUAAAGUUUUAAUACGUGAGGCUUUAAUUCAGAAGUUGGUAAGCUGACCUGUGGAUUGCUCCAUCGCAUAGUGCAUCUCUGCUCUUUUUCUACUUUUUUAUGAGUUCCAAUAGCAGCAAUUCAUUUGUUUGUAUUUUUGCUUACAGAUCAAAUCAUCUGCUUUUAAAACCUGUCCAUAGAAUAAAACACAUUUCAGUAGACUCAACUGGCUUUCGAACCCUUACUAGGAACGUUAAUUUAAAGCAGCUUUGUUUUCCCAUUGCAGAAGAAAAAAAAGCAAAUGAAGAAAAGAGACAUUCCAUCAUUAAUAUGAUACUAGCCAUAAUUUUGUAUGAAGUAUUACACUUCUGUAUGUCUCGAUGUUUGCAAUUAAAAAUAACAAUCACAAA